AUGGACGACACCAUGGAUUUUCUAUCUUCGGCACUAUGCGGGAGUAGCCGGAAAACCAAACCCUCGAGAUACACGGAGAUUUUGGAUAGUCCCAGGCCGCAGGACUACGAGCCGUUGAUGACUGACAGGUGGACUCGUGAAGGAAAGAACUUAGAUCAUGGCGAUUCUUACAGUUGGAUGUCUCUCGACGACAACUUUGACUUGUGCAUGCCGUCCGCCAAGAAGCCGCCAGCCAUGUCCUCCCCUCAUGCGACAGUCGACACGCCGUCAGAGGAGGCGUAUAGCAGAUAUGUCAGUCCAAGAGACGCAAAGAGGCCGAACAGGUCAUCACAGCAAGACAUCUCAUUCGGAGCGGACCUCUGCUCGAAAAGAAGCAAGGGAGCCGACGAGGCUGCUGGGUCGAGUGGGGGAGACGAGUGGUGUCUGCAGAGGAGGGGGAGCAAACUAGCAAGAGAGCCGAAGGCGAUCAGCAAAGCUCCUGUUGCUCAACCAAUGAGGAACAAUACCACGAGCGUCUCGCCUGCUUCAAGAUUUUAUCCCAACAAGUUCCACAACAUUGUGGGGGAAGGGCCAGGAUCGCAGAUGGAUGCCUCCGACAAAUCAUGCCAGAUGAAGAUGAGGAUUUACACUGAGUAUGAUUUCGGUACUCCAUCGGAAAUUGUCACAUGCACUUUGACAAGUAUCAACACAGCUGGGACGUACUUCAAAUUCUCCGAUUCGGAUCUCAGAGACAGAAUGUCUCCGCCCCCCGGCCUGCUAGCGGCAGCCACUAGGAAUCCCCAGCAGCCGAUGAGGAGGGCAGAGCCAUCAGCGGCAGCUGAAGUUUGA